UCAGCCCUCAGCCCGAACCUGCGGAUCACUGGCCGACGCUAUCAGGUGGCAGAGGUCGGCCAUGACGGCGGUGAUGUCGGCCUCGACCGCCUCCAGCCCUCGCUGCGGGAUGGCCUGGUCGUAGGCCUCCUUGGUUUGGACGGCAUUGUAGAGCUUCCUCGUCUUGGUCAGCACUGCUUGGGGUGAGGGAUGGCCGGCUGCGCUGUCCGUCGACUCCAUUGCCUGAGAGAUGCAAAGACUAACACACACAGUGUAGAAUUCCUUCAUGGCUGCUCUUUUCGUCCUCCUGACCUGGUCGGGUGCUCAGCGGCCCGCUGUUUAAUGCCGAAUGGUCCCGCUGCCGCCCUGCUCUCCGGUGCAGAUAUCACAGCUCACACCUGGAGAAGAAAUGACAGCACGAAAUGAGAUAGAUCAGGGCUGCCCGUGGAUUCCCUCUGGACCCUCGCCCACGGCUGCUCACUCUCACCGACAGAGAUCUCCUCCGCAGCCCGCAAGAUGGACGCAGCCCGACGGCAGGCGAGGCACUCAGCGCCAAAAGAGAAUACAACACGCCUGUGCAGAAGUCUGGCGGCUCACGAAAAGGCCAUCUUCAUCGCCGGCAUCCAAA